UUUCGGACGUAUUUAAUAAGCUAUAGGUUAGUAUGGCUUUUCGUUCCCCAAAAACGUCGCGCACGUUUAACACAAAAGAUGUCGUAUGACUAUGGAGAAAAAAAUGGCCCUCAUACAUGGGUGUUACGCUUUCCUAAUGCUGGAGGAACAAAACAAUCCCCAAUCAACUUAAACACAAUGUCAAUGAGGCUUGAUGAAUCCCUGGCUCCAAUAAAUGUGGACUUAAAUGGACUUCAAAACCAAACUCUACACGUUAAAGACCACAAUUUCUCGGUCGAAGUGAAGGGAAAUGCAGUAUUAUCCGGUGGUCCAUUGUCAUCAGAAUAUAAGCUGACACAAUUUCAUUUACAUUGGGGAUCUGGUAAUAAUUGGGGCUCUGAGCAUAUGAUCAAUGGGAUAAGUUGUCCAGCUGAACUACAUUGCGUAUUUAUUAAUACUAAAUAUGCUACAAUGGAAACCGCUAUUACAUAUUCUGAUGGAUUAUCAGUUGUCGGUAUAUUUUUUCAAUUGGGCAAAUCAUCGAAUAAUAAUAACGCCUUAAAACGUUUAUGCUCAUUGUUGAAAUCAACAAAGAAAGGCGAAAGCAAAGAUAUUCAACCUAUGCUUGAUUUGAACACACUUUUGCCAAAUGAUUUAUCCAGAUACUACACAUAUUCCGGAUCAUUAACUACCCCACCAUGUAAUGAAUGCGUCACAUGGAUCGUUUUAGAUGAGCCGGUAGUCAUGACCAUUGAUCAAGUGAAAAUCAUUUGCAAUCGAUAUGAGAUGAAAAUUUUCUAAAUAAGAUUUUACCACUAUUCGCAUCACACGAAGUAAGCAACAAAAUAAAAACAUUAAAAAAAAAACUAACACUAAGGAGUUGAUUAUCAAAUUCCAGUAUGUAAAAUGAUUAUGCAACAAAUAUGGAGAAAUUUUAUUUUAAAUAAAAUUUGAACAAAAUCAGUAUUUGUAGAAAUCACAUGAUUUUAUGGAAUUAAUUUGCUCUUUUAAGGGAUAAAUAGAAUUGUAAUAUACGGAACGUAUUAAAUAAUCGUUAAGAAAAUAUGAAGUUGAUAUUUGUAUUAAAAGAUUUUCUUCGAAAGAUGAAUUCCAAUGAGUUUGCGUUCGCGUUUGAGAUCAAUAGGUCCUUGGUUCGAAUCUCUCGAGGCAGGAUCGUAAAAGCACACUGCCGAAGAUUGUCAUACUAGUAUGAAAUGGCCUUCCAGUGAUUCCAGGUGUUUCAUAGUAGUCCAACAUCAAUUGAUUCAUGAAUUCAAUUAUUAAAUUACUAUAAUAUUCACAAAAUCCCUCUCUGAUUAUAAUUAUUGAACUGAUAAUUUAUUUUAUUCAUUAUUCACGAUGUAAUGUAACUUAAAGAUAAUUAUGCAAUGUGUGACUGUACGCAGCCAUGAUUAUAUUACUGCAUACAUUAAUUAGUUUCCUUUUAUAUCAGAUUUCUUUGAAAAGUUUGUUCUUAAAUCAGUCUUUGAUAUUAGCUUAGACAAUUCGAAAAGAAUCAAAACUUGUCAUUGAAAUAAAUUACAAUUGUCGUUUUGCUAAUCCAAAAAUUAUAGUAAACUUUAACAUUUAAAAAAUGAAUGUUAACUAUUCAUUUCAUUAAUAGUUUCGCAGUAUUUGGGCACCGAGUUGAUGUGAGACAUUAAAGAGGAAAAAUGUAUUUGUGAAAUAUAAGCGAAUGAAUUUGAAGUAAAUCUAACGUUUCGCCUGACAAUCUGAUCCAAGCUUUUUCAAGGAAACAUAUAUUGGGAUUUACUUAGAUUUCACUCGCUUAGAUUUUACAAAUACAUUCUUAUUCAUUCGAUUAUAGCAGAAAUACAGUGAGCAUGUUUUCAACAUCAUGGAUUCUGUCAACUGAACUGAUGUUUUUGAGUAAUGAAUGAUAAAAUUAUUAAAAUAUAGAUUGCUUUAUAAUUUCAAUGUUUUUUACUUGUGUAACACUAAUCUUAAAUAAGAGAUAUUUGAUGAGUUGAUAAUUGUAUAAGUCAAUCGUUCAGUCUGUUCUUUCUUAUUGAAAAUAUGUGAAAGUUGCCCUCGAUGCUUAAUAGUUGGCGGGUGUUUUAUCCAGAAAAAUUUAUUCUUUAUAAGUGACGUUCAGUAAAUAUUUUCUAUCGAAGGAAAUGUUAUAUCUGGACAAAGAAUAAUAAAGGAUAACUGCUAGGAUCUAUUUAUGGACAUUAUUAUAUAACUUUUAAGUAACAAUAUUAUAUGUGUAUUCAUAUUCUUAGAGAUGAGAGGCAACUAUCUCUGUGAACCAAUAAGAACUCAGAGUUGAUUCUUGACUGUUUGUACUGCUUUAUGCGUCAUUGACGUCACUCCCGAUAAGUCACGAUAAAACUGUCAGGUCAUAAAGAUAAAACAGGAAUGACUGUAGAAAGUUGCUCAAAGAAUGAAAAUGGAAAGUUUUCCACAAAUGGAUGUGAUAUCCUUUGUCUAGUGGUAGUUCUGUUGUGAACGCUACUACUGCCGUGAUGAACAAGAACACAUCUGGGGACAACCAAUGCACUUUAAUACAAAAUUACAGAGUAUCUUGGUAAAAUGAAUGAACCAUACACUGAAUACUUCAUUUGUAAAUUUUCAUCAUUUGUCCUUUACACUCUGUUCACAAUUCUUACUUAUCUGCUCUUCUAUUCUCUCCAACUCGAUCCUCUUAGCAUUCUGCUGCCGGGUUUUCCACUUCCAAAUGGUGUUACAUAUUACUUAUGUCUAUCGAAAUAAGCACAUUACACCACAGUUCUGGCAGCAUUUGUGCAAUAAAAGUUUCUAUGCUUUAUUAAAAAUAAGUUAAAAAUUUCGGUUACCUACUUUCCAGCUAUACGAAUACUAAGAUGAAUGCACCAGUUAAUUAUUUAGUUUAGCCAAUGAAAUAUGUAUCUUAACCAUAUAAUACAAAAAAGGGUUUAAAAGUUGUUACGUUGAUAAACACUGAAAAAUUAAAAGAGUGAAUUUCCAUUGUUUGCUGUCGUUUAACAUAUGUCACAUCUCUCGAGAUGUUUAAACGCAAUAUUUAUCCAACACACAAGAUGAACAGUAAGCUGUAGGAAUAGAAUUGAUCAAAUUAUACACCAUCAAACAUAUUUAGAUUGAAUGAAUAUAUAAAUCCAAGAUAUUCAGUUGUAUAAGUUUGUUACUAGCUAAUCUAUUCCGAUUUCAAUAAGUGUGUAUACUAUUUUACUCUGACAUAGAGGAUAUAUUUAACAAAUUAGUAAAUUGCAUUAAACUAAUAGAUAUCCAAUUAAGAGCUCACUUGUUCAUAAUUUGACAAAAAUUGUAGUAAAGAUCAAUCUGUGACGAAUAUAACCUACUAAACGAAAUUAGUGACUUAUUCCAAGAAGUUUCUAUAGUUCUAGUAAGAUGGACUGCUGGAGUCUAGACAUGUUGAAACAGGAAAAACUGCCACUAGUGACACUGGAUGAUUGUCAAGGUAUCAACGACUAAAGUUGGACUUUUACCAUUAAACGCCAACCCAGUGGUUCUACUAAUUAAUCCUUAGUUAGGAGAACUAAAAGUCGUGGUUUUGAUUUCUGCUUAGUUGUUCUCUUUUAGAGCGAAACACCUGCUCAACGGUUUCUAGUUGUCUAUGGUGCUCAGGUGAAUUCAGCCUAAAUAUAAAUGAAAAAGUUGAAUUAUAUAACUGUGGUUGUAAUUAAGCACAUCAGUUACUGAUAUAUUUUUUUCAACUUUUGUAUUUGCGUUUCAUGUAAAUAAAAAGUGGUCCUAUUCCAUGGAUAUUGUAAAUCAACCCCCCACGUAUUGUGAACUUGUUACCUAAUCACAGUUUUCCUAUAAAUCAUAACAAAAACUCAAAAUACUUUUUUUUCAGUUAAAAUCUAACUGCUUAAACUCGUAAAAAUACAGUUACGCAUAGGGAAUUAAUAGCGUUAAACUCUUUUUUUUGUAAAAACAAGAGUGAAAAUGUUAAAAAAAACUUCACACUAUGCUUGUUGACACCCAAAUGGUAUUGAUCACUUGUAAAGUAUGCACAAAAUAUAUAAAACUCUUCAAAAUAUGCAUUGGUGGUAACCAUACUAUCAUGUGUAAUUAACAAAAAGUACGUUUUUCAAACACGUUUUUAAUGGUUGGUUAAAAAUAGGUUUCGUCCCAAGAUUUUCAUAAAUUGGAUGUAUGCAGUAAAUAUUUUCUAGAAAUGUCAUGCAUUUAUAUUAUAUUGUUUGCUGUUACUUUUCAGUAAAGCAUAGAACAUCUAGAUAUGACUGAAACUAGUAGUCUGGACAAAGUGACUAACCACUAACUGCUUUUAAAUGAAAGCUUAGUACAUGUCCAAGACAAUAGAGUUAUUUGCAUAUGAUAAGUGUUAGAACAAGCGUUUUCAUUCGUUUUAAAAUUUUUGGCUUUUGUAACGAUAUCUCAUCCAGCAAACAUAAAGAAAUGUUGCAUAUAGUCAAUUUAAACAUUUACAGUCAGGUAUGGCUUAUUAAAGAUGUUUGUUACGUAAUGUAACUUUAUUUUCAAAUGUAUUUACUUUUAUAUCCUUUACUCCAGAUAUCAUACGGUUUGUGAUAAGCCGGAACAGCAUGGUGUGUUCUCAAUUCCUUGAAUUCAGUGUAAACUUUUAUGGCAGUAGUUUAUUCGCAAUGUGAUAUUUCGACAAGACUAUGAUUUUCUGUGUAACGUCUAAGUUCGCACAAUAUUCAGGUUACGUUUUCCAGUGUAACAUUAUUUCCGAUUAUUAUGUUUGUAUCAAUUUAGUUCAAAGUUUGUUCAGUAUGACAUCAGUGAACUUUCGUCCACUGUGACAGAUAUAUUCCUUAAGUAACUCAUAUGCAUUUUACAGUAACCCUGUGUGUCUUUUCACUUAUAUGAUGUUCAUUAACCAAUCAUUAAAUCUGUGCAAAAGCUUUAUAUAAUUCUUUAUUUGUACCAGUCUUCGCAUUAUUCCUUCAUAUCGUGGCAAUUGUAGUGGUUCCUGUUUCUAAGUAGUAGAAGUAAGAUUGUGAUACAACAGAGAUUACAGGGAUAUAACAGUGGCGUACGGCAGAUAUAACAGUUUGAUAUGAUCAAUUUUACAGUUUCCAUCAGGUAUAAACUCCGAACACUCAUUAUUUACAUUCAUUUUUCAACUUUGUUAUCAUCCAAAAGUAGAUUAAGACAUUGAAUAGCAUAUAAAAUUCUUACUCUUUUAAGCAUAAUUUUAUUCAAAGUUUUAGCUGAAAAGUGUAGCGGAAAAAUUUUGUAUGUUUAUAGUAUAUUACUGUUUACUAAAUAUGAUAUUUCACUUAAAUAUACUUUUAGCCAUUCACAAUAUGUACAACUGAUUAUAACAGUUAAUCUUAAUAAUGUUGUUACGUAAUAACAAAUCAUUCAUUGGAUAAUAUAUGAAAUUUUUUGAAACAUUGGUUGUACUCUCAAUCUUGAUGAAGUUGAUUUUUGUGUGAAAUAGGACUAUUUGAAAUGAUGAGCAGCUUUAGAAAAUUACACCUCAAAUACGUUUAUAAAAGAGAACCACAGAAUGGCGAAAUAAUUUAGAAAUAUAAACAUUAGUAUUCUUCUAACAUGAGUACUUAGGACUUUUCGCAAAAACAAACAUACCAACCUGAUCGAUUCCUUCUUAAAUUAUUCAGAACUUCAAAGUAUAUGUAAACUUUGUAUUCCAAUAGUGAUUAGCCACCAUAAAUCAUCUGUAGACAUUUUGAAAGACCAUUUUACCUUUAUUUUUAGUUGACUAGUAUAUUUAAAGCAGUAAUUUUUAAUGUAAUCGCUUCUUGUUUCCUAAAAUUGUGCAAGACAAGAAAUCUAUGUCAAUUCUACAUGAAUGUUGGAGUCAAUUUACUGACAAUUGGUUGAAAGAGUCUAAUAAAAACCUUUUAAAAUUGUAGGCAUCCAAUAUGCAUAAAAAGUUACAUUAAUCAGAAACAAAAACAUUCUUUGUAUGGUUGAGAAAUUACGAGAGGUUGGAAAUUCUACAAUAAUGCAGUCAGUCUCAUAUCAUUCUGUAUUGAUUGUGACCACCUUUUGAUAAAUGAUCACCAGGAUGUUGUUGCAAGUUAAUUCAUUCAAUUCCGAUAAGCAAUUAGACACAUUAGAUAUAGAAAUUUUCUUGAUUUUCAACUGCUUUUAAAAUGGAAAACUUCUUAGAUGUUAGUUCAAUGGAUAGUUCUUUUUCAAAAAUAUAGCUAAAAAUAAAUUCAAAGUGAUUUUUGUCAAAUCCGUCCUUUGAAUAGAAACUCACAAAUUAAAAAUGUAUUACUUGUAUAUCAAUAAUAUUAGAUAGUGUCUGAAUUCGAGAUCGAAAUAACAGAAUAAGAUUGAUAUAUCCAGCUAGAUUAAGAAAACAAACUUUAUAUGAAUAUUUAUACAUCAAUCCAUUUUGUAUAAUAUGCGGUGUGACACUGACAAAAUUUCUUGAGUCAGUUAAAGCUAGACCACCAUGGAAAACCUGGAAGCACUUGACAGCCAUUAGGUCCUAGUAUGAGACUUAUAAGCAGUGCUCAUCCAUGAUCCCGCACCACGAAAUUCGAACCCAGGACCUAUCAGUCUUGCGCGCGAACGUUUAACAACCAGACCACUGAGCUGUCAUCCAACGAUGUUAAUGUCUAACAUUGACAAUGUAAAAUCAUGAAUAAGUACAAAUAAUUUAUUUGAAUAUACCAACAAACAUCAUAUUAGUGAAAAAUAAUAAAAUGUCAUUUAUUUUGUUAACUAGAUUCAGAUAUUAACUGAAUUAAAUUUAUGUAUAGUCUAUGCAAAUAGAUUACAAUGAAUACAAAUAUAAACAUAUAGUCAAUUAUAUAAUAUAAUAGCAAUCGACAACCUAUCAACACCAUAUUGAUAGUUAUAUAGUGAUUAGAUUAAUUUAUGCAAAUUCGACCAAAAAAAGAAAAUAGUAAUUUGUGAAUAUAAACUUUUUAAUGUUGUCAAUUGUACUAUGAGUAAAACAAUUUAAAAAAAAAUAAGAAUAAAAGAAACAGAAAGUUUCACAAUUCUAUUAAAUUAUUCAAUAUCAGUAGGUGACUUCAGUGUCGUGAAGAAAUUUUCAAGGAAAAAUUUACUUCCUAUCAUUUGUGUCAUAGUUAUAUUGAAAGAUAACUUAACAGAUGAACUUGUCGUAUGAAUGAAAACAAGCUUGAAUCUAUCAUGAGUAUUACUUCAUUUUAUAUUAACAGUUCUCAUAUGUAGCUUUCAUCCAUUUCAUCAGUAUACAAAUGUUGAUUUGCAUUAUAUGUAUAAUGUUUAAUUGAAACAUUGACAAG